AUGGAUAUUGCUGAUCAUGAGAAGGAAAUACGUCGUACUGUAAUUUUACGAGUUCCCGGCGUCAAGAUAAUCUCUAGCUGCUCACGGUCUGGCGGCUGCGUGCCACACAACACAUUGACUGCAAAAUUCUGGACACCGUCAUUAAAAUUGCGUAAACUCACCUUGAAAGAUGACAUGUCAGAAACGGUGAUUCAGAAAACGAAGACCCGCGUGCACAAAAAGGCGCUGCGCAAGUACAGCCAAGAUGAUGAUCAUGUAAAAGAGCGCCAAGUCACUGAAAAAGAAGAAGUAUUCUACGACGCGGUUGACUGGUGCCUUGAAGGUGAAGAAGAAGAAUACUUUGACGCUAUGGGUAUUGGUGAUCCAUAUUGGAUUGCUGAAACUUGCUGUGGUAUAUCCACUACUUGUCGUAUUAUCCAUCCUAGACUGGUGUUCCCAACAGGAAAGAUCGGGAUCUAGACGUGUGUCCAUUCUGAGUGAGCUUCUCCAUUAGAACACCGAUUGAACCUCUUCAUCCAUAACUUGGAUCUAUCGCCGAGAUCAAUUCAUACGGGUAACGCUGUCACAUCACAGCAUGUGGAUCCUUCC